ACAGUACAGGCAUUAUAAAAAAAAUCUCACUUGUUCUACACAGCUCGAGCGUGGUGGUCCCGGCAAUGACCGAGGACGCGACCGCUCUUGAGUUGAAAUUAAUUUUACAAAUGACCUUGAAUGUUGCGCGUUCAAUGGCGCCACAUGUACGACAGAAAUUUGCUCGACACUCACGUGAAUUCAUCCUCCCCGCAAACACCCCCCACAUGAAGGGAUCUGACUACAACUCCCGCCAAAAUUUGGUCCCGAAAUAUAUUCGUUCAUCUGAUCGAACGUCUUCAACGUGAUGCCGUAGGGGGUUAAUUUUUCUAAAAAUAUGAAUAAACUGACCGACAACAAGGAUCAGCUGUACGACGCUAAACAACCACGAGCUCGUAACUUACCUUUCCCUCUUACACUGGCUACUGUGGUUGGUUUAGGUUGCUUUGUUCUUGAACUAGAUCGAAAGCGCCAAUGAUGACUAGAUGAACGCGCGCGCGCAUCUUACGAACACAAGUGGGAGAACCACCACGAAGAUCGUGUGCCAAAUUCAAACGGCGAUCUUCGCAGAUUUGUUGAACUAAGUAAGCAGUUUUCGUCGCCGAAUGUUGACUGGGCUGGAGGCAAACUGUUCAAGCCAUGAAUCGAAAAGUGCUGCACUGGAGUUAUCGCGACUUCAGGCAGAUGCCGGAAGAACUACGCGCAUGCUGCGAUCAGGUCGAAGAGGUGUACCUGAAGGAAAACUUCAUUCCAUCCAUUCCUGUGUGGUUCUGCGAGGAAAUGAAUGGUUUGAAAUUUGUUUGCCUGGCGGGUAACAUGAUAGUGAAUGUGCCGGAGCAGAUAUCGCUGUUGAAGCAUUUGGAAUCCCUGAAUUUGUCGCAGAAUUUGAUUGAAGUUCUACCGAAGAGUAUUGGGAAGUUACGUAAUAUGCUAAGCUUGAAAUUGAGUGAAAACAAACUCACUCGAUUGCCUAAAGAGAUUGGCGCUUUGGAAAAAUUAGAGAUCCUAGAAUUGUCCAAAAACAGGUUCAGUGAGCUUCCUGUUGAGUUGGUCAAUUGCCGUAAUCUGAAAGAAUUGAUCAUGGAUGACAACUAUUUGCUGUGUCGUAUUCCAACAAAGUUAUUCCUUAUGCCUCAGAUGACAUUUAUUUCUGCAGAGAGAUGUAAUCUAGUGUUACUGCCCUUCGUUGUGAACACGAGUACCCUGGAGCAUGUGCGAGUGUUCAACAACUAUACUCUCACGCAUUAUCCAAUAGCGCUUGAGAGGUUCAUGCAACCAAGCUAUGAAUCUUUUACUGCUGUUGAACCGAAAAGGAUUCCAAAAAGCUGCUACUACCAACGGAUAAGCUGUGAUGCGAUAGCUCAUAAUCUAAUCUUUCCCAUCGAGUUGACAACGAUUCUUGAUCGCCGAAAAUAUACGCAUGGGCCGAGUUCUCUGGUCGAACUAUGCAUGCGAAGGUUCAACGGCACUGCAAUUGUUCGUGCAGCUUGGCUGGAUAGCUGGCUACCAGAUGGACUGAGUAGAAGACUUCACAACGGUCCGGUAGGGAUUUGCGGAAGUGUGCCUUGUUCCAAAGAAAUAUUCGGUGAAUGUUUUCUGGGAUUGGUUAGAAGGUGAUGAUCACUUGUACUUUUGUAAUUUAUCGAUCAAGCU